AUGAGCGGCACCGGCGCCAGGUCCAGCCACCUGUCCCAGCCCGUCGUGAAGAGCGUGCUGGUGUACCGCAACGGGGACCCCUUCUUCGCGGGGCGUCGCGUCGUCAUCCACGAGAAGAAGGUGUCCAGCUUCGACGUCUUUCUGAAGGAGGUGACGGGCGGCGUCCAGGCGCCCUUUGGGGCGGUCAGGAACAUCUACACGCCGCGGAGCGGGCACCGCAUCCGGAAGCUAGACCAGAUCCAGAGCGGGGGCAACUACGUGGCCGGGGGCCAGGAAGCCUUCAAGAAGCUCAAUUACUUGGACAUAGGAGAAAUGAAGAGGAGGCCUAUGGAAGUUGUUAAUACAGAGGUGAAGCCCGUAAUGCACAGCAGAAUCAACGUGUCUGCGCGCUUUAGAAAAUCGCUUCAGGAGCCCUGCACGAUCUUCUUGAUUGCAAAUGGAGACCUCAUAAAUCCAGCCUCUCGCCUCCUCAUCCCCAGAAAAACCUUGAAUCAGUGGGAUCAUGUGCUACAAAUGGUCACAGAAAAAGUCACUCUGAGGAGUGGGGCUGUCCACAGACUUUACACGUUAGAAGGAAAACUUGUCGAGAGUGGGGCCGAGUUGGAGAAUGGGCAGUUUUACGUGGCCGUCGGCAGAGAUAAGUUUAAGAAAUUGCCUUACAGUGAAUUACUUUUUGACAAGUCCACCAUGAGAAGGUCCUAUGGUCAGAAAGCCUCUUCACUACCUCCGAUUGUAGGAUCCAGAAAGUCUAAAGGGAGUGGAAAUGAUCGUCAAUCCAAGUCAACAGUUGGAUCCAGCGACCACACGUCCCCUCAGCCCCCAAAGAGGAAAGGGAAAAAACAGGAGGUGAAUUUGGAAAAACCCAAGAAAGGGAAACAGAAUGUAAAGUUAAAGAAGUCACCACAGAUAAGUCCAAAUGGUGGUGAAGGCGUUUUCCAGGCCGGAGCAGAGAGGUCUGAGACACGGGGGGCAGCAGAAGUCCAGGAAGAUGAAGACACGCAGGUGGAGGUCCCGGUUGACCAGAGGCCGGCGGAAAUCGUGGACGAGGAGGAAGAUGGUGGGAAAGUGAACAAGGAUGCAGAGCAGAGAGAAGACUUCUCGGGAAUGAACGGGGCUGUGGAAGGAGCAGGAGAGGAGGCGGCGCCAGGGGACUCCGAGCAGGUCGAGGGCGUCCCGCGUCCCAGCGAGGAGCCGGUGGCCCCUGCCCGCGCUAACGGAGGCACCGAUGAAGAGAAUGGCGAGGAGCUGGAUCAGGUCCGUCCCGAGCCUCAGGAGGCAGUGGAGGAGGAAGCCAGGUCGCAGGGAGCUAGCAGUGCGCAAGGCGAGGCUGACUUAGACCCUCAAAGACCACCAAGACCCGAAGUAAAAAUCACGAGCCCGCAAGAAAACGAGAACGAACAAAACAAGGACUAUGCUGCCGUAGCAUAGACGAUUUUUAAGAAGACAGUGUAUUGAUCAUCGGGAAAAUGAAGGGCUACAACACGCGAACAAUAAGGGUAGAGUUACUGCUGAACAUAAUGUGACAAUAUGGUUGGAUGCUGCAUACGGAAUUCUAAGAUUAGAGGCUUAGUGGAAAGGCUAGAUGAUUUUGAGUAGCUACUAAAGGAGAGUGGCUUCUUUUCAUGGGAUGUAUCUGUAAAAGUCAUUUAGAGAAAUUAAGAGGGAUAGAGGGGCAUGUUGCGCGGAUGGCAAUCGGCCACUUGUCUUGGUAAGCGAUGAAGAAAGAGGCCCACACCCAUCUCUACUUCUCUAUCCAUUUAGAAGUGAGGUUAGUCGAUGGGAGCUUGUUCUAAAGCACUUACCUAGGAAGGCAUAGUAUUGUAGAGACGAUAAUAGGAAGGCAUGUACUAUUUUUUUAAAAGCAAUAAACUCUUGAAUAAACAAAUUGUAAUUUAGUUUCAGAGACGGCAGUAGAUUUGUGACUUGUUGACAUUCCUUCCUUUCUUCCUGCUGAUCCCAAAUCCGUCUCCCAAGAAUUAAAAAGAGCACAUUUUGGAAGGAGGCAGUCUCCAUGCAGUGUGUUAGUGAUUCAUUUCUGUACAUCUACCCUCAAGUGCUUCGGAUUUUAGUCCUUACGGCUUUAAUGAUACACUCAGGAAGGGCUUUCGUGAGUGAGCCCGGUGGGACCGUUUAUAAGGUCUGAUACCCGAGCGUUUUCACGGGUCUAGUCUACCUUUGCCAAGAAGGCCCAUCUCUUCUCCAUCAUGUUACUACAUUAGAAAACUCAAUAUUGGCUGGUCCAAAGGUUGAAUUCUCUCCAGUUUUUUAACAAAAGAACAAAAAACCAAGAAUGCAUUUGACUUGCUUUUUAAAAGCCUUACUUCUAUUAGGAUUAGCCUUGUUAUAUUUUUCCCCCUAGGGAUAUCAGCAAAGGUUUAUUUUAAUGGCCGGUUAUAGUUAGACUUCCAAGCAGAUUCCUUCCUAUAUAAUUAGAAGUCUUCUGAUAGAAAUUGUUGAAAAAUGUUUAAAUUGUCGUGAUGAAACCAGUUUCUUGUUACAAUUUUGUGGGCUAAUUAAAUGAACUCAUACCUUGUUAGGUAUAUAUGGGGAAAGACAUAAUUGUAUUAGUUUUCUGAAUUUUUAAGAGAUGAUGCAGAUCUUCCUCAAAUAUAGAAAUUAUAUAUUUUUCUCGUAUUAAAGAAUAUUUUUAUUAAUGAUGUAGAUGUUACAAAUUUGGAAGGAAACUUCUAGUGCUUUCGUAGAAUUCAUUAUUAAUCAUAAGGUUAAAAGAUUUUCUUCCCCUCCGGGUUUCAUAACCAACCAUUUAGAGUAAGGGUAUUUAUAUCAAGUACUUAAUAAUACUACAGAAAAUGAAUGUUUCUUUUUUCCUAGCAGCUAUUUUAAUAUUUUCUACAAAUAAGACGCAUAAAUGGAGACAAUAAUGUAAUAGUAUUGGAAAAGAGAUGGUGUUAUAAGGGUAUGUUGAUAAAUAAAAUAAAAUCUUUAAAAAAAAAAAAAUAAGGGUAUGUUGAUCUGGCAGGAAGAGUUGUAAGUGGGGGGUUCUAUAUUUCCGGUAUAAAACCUAGAUGGUGCUUUAUAACAGGUAGACUUCUUUUUUCAAAGGGGACGAUCUGAAACCCUGUAGACUGGAAGCAACGCUCUGGAGUCGCUAGGGAAAUAGACUAGCUGGUUUUUUGAUGUUAAAUUCCCAUGCCUUUACUGGGCCUGGGGUUAAUGAUGUUAAAUAGUUUAUAGAAAUCAGGAAUUAAAUGCAAGAAGGUAUAACUAAUUUUCAAGGUGAUUCUUUCACUUCCCUUCCUUUAAUGAGUUUCUCUUUUUUCCUUCUUUAAAAGAGCUACAUUGCAUUUUUUUCUUCCGUUCCUCAUUAUACCAUAAACUUAGGUUUUCAGGACCUUUUUACAAGUCAUCUCAAUGAAGCCCAAUGUUGUUUUACAUGAAAAGCAAAAGAUACACAUGCUUUAAGAAGACCAUGGACCAUAGUAACUAUAGCAAAAAAUGGAAAAGUCAGGAAGUAAUUCUUGUCUUGGAUGUGCAUUUUUACCACUUAUUAACAAGAUGUAAUUGUGACCUAUCUUGAGAUGGACAAUAGCUCAUCCCCUGAAAACACCUUGUAAAUAUACACAACUAAAAAAAAAAAAAAUGAAAUCUGUCAUUGAACCAAGGAAAGUGUCAUUCACAGAGAACAGGGAGUGUGAACACCGUUUUGAAGAUGACGUCAGCAUGAGGAAGGAAAGCUGAUUCUCCUCCCACGUGUGGUCGUGGUCUCCGUGGCAGGCGAGCUGCACGAGUUGAUCUGGAGAGAUCACGGACAGAUCUGGAGAGCGCUUAUGUGAGCGAGCAGAGGAGAUCCUGGUCUGGCGGCACGGGGUGUUUCCAGGAGCGAGGACGCUGUGACAAAAUCCUCUAACUCUAGCGACUUUGCCAGCGGAAGGCUUCGCCGGGUCAGUCCUUCGUGAGGCUGUGGGUACAGACCCCCUACCUAGUUCUGGUUUCAUGGAACUCGUUUCUCAAGCUUAACUGGGGGUUAAGACAUUUGUAAACAACCGGUUUCUUAAUUGAAUUGGAAGAUUAGAGAUUUGCAGAGCAAAAUACAGAUUUUUAGCUGUCUAGUUACACAACAGAAUAUUAUGGCCAUAUGAUAACUUUUUACUCCUUGUUUUUCUCUGUAGCCACAGAAUGCCUUUCCAUUUAUGAAGGCAUUGCUUUUCCCCUUAAUGUGUUUUGGGGUAUGUUCGAAUGCCAACUCAUGGGAAGAGCAGGAUAAUCUCAUCCUCCUGUUUCAUUCUGAGAGUGUCGGCUCCUGCUGUGGCCCGUGGAGCCAGAACCAUCCACAUGGCCAUGGCCUGGAGCCCGGUAGCUAGCUCUGUGGGCUCACGGUUGUGAAGCCACACUAAUGCGAACGUAAUCUUGCUAACUUCUCCAGCAUAUAGCUCACGAUCUGGCAUCCUGGAGAAUGUCGCUCAAUGACCUAUCUUCUACAAUAAGGGAUAAAGUUCAUUCCCCUAGGAAACGUCUGUGGCCGUAGAACAUCAGGAAGCUUUCUUUACAUUCUUAACGGACCCUCCUAAAAAAAUUCGCUCAGUCCUUUCCUUGUUGCUCAGUCAGUGGUAACUCGAAAUUUUUAAAAGCAGAUUAAAUUACUAAAGGGAAAGCAUCCCAUGUGAACUGUUGCCAAUCUGAACAGAAAGAGAAUGUAUAGAUAUUCACAUCUGCAUAUCAAAUACUGUACAGAUGCACUUGCACACUUUAAACCAGUGGACGGGCCACCUCAGGCACAGCGUUACUAAUAGAACAAGCCUCUUCUGAGAGAAGCAAUGUGUAAAAACACACGGAGAGGAAAUGCUAAGAAAUGAUCUGUAUCAUGGUGCUUUAAACUUGUUUCCUUCAGGCUUUAAGAGCUUUAAAGUUUUCCAAGUUAGAAAGCUUCCAGAAUUUUAAUGAAAAAUUUAUUCUAGGAAGGGGUGAUUGCAGAUAGACAGACAGAUGAUAGAUCAUCUUGUUUUCCUGACCUAACGACAGAGUACAAACCCUCAGUUCUUAGUUACCAGCCUUAGCUACUCUAUGCUUUAGCUGUGGAAUAUUCCACACCAACAGUGGCUCUGUUGGAAGGUUUAUCCCUAUGAAUGACUUGCGAGCGUGAUUUACAGGAAUGUGUAGAGAACUCUCUUUGGAACCUAGUAGCCAGGUUCGCUACAAAUAGAAUACAGGACUGACUCACUAUUCCACAACUUGAUCUAGGAUGUUCUGGCUCAGGGCAGAAGUUUUGUAGGGUCCUUGAGUGACUGUCGUGUCCUCGAGUGGAACACUUUCUUGUUUUUCUCUACCCCCCCCUUUUUUUUAAGGAUAUUCUGUUUUUCUAAGGUGACAAGCACCUGUAGUUCUUUAUUAUUAAAUAUUGGUCUUAUAAAUACUCUAAGAUUCUUGCUUUCCAGAAACUGUCUCAGUGUGGAAGUGGGUCUGAUUUUUGUCCUCUGCACGUAAAGUUUGCGUAUUUCCUACCACAAACUCUGAGGGACUUGGAGAGAGCAUGAAAGUAUGUGUCUCGUGGCGGUGAAGAAGAAACCUUGCUUUGGAAGAGGUAGGACAUCCUGCAAAAUAUGGGGCAUCAGGAGAGGAUUUUCAGAUGUCUGGAUAACCGUAAAGCGUUUGUCAAAUCAGGAGGUCGGUAAUGGAGCUCCGUUGACUUAAGCCAACAAUAGACUUCGCUUCAAUCUACGAAUGGGACUGAAUGAAUUCUCUGUAGUUUCUCUAUAGUCGAUCAGAUUAAACCACACAGUCUCACUGAGUGACCAAGUUAUUGUCCCAAAUGUCAUGGCAAGUGGGAAGACAGAAUGACUGUAGUCUGUUCAGAAGUUUGGAGAAAACUCACCCCGGUUUUUGCUUCGCUGCUGCUUUUGUGCCUUAAAUCCUUACUAUGUACACUGAUAAUGGGUGAUUAUUGAUGUUGUAAGUAAAGGUUAAGUCGCACUUAUCAUUUUUAUGUAAUUUAUAUUUAGAACUUCUCUUUGUAAGGAAAAUGAUUUGUGCUUUGAUACAAAUUAUGAGCGAUAGUUUUUUCAAAAUUUCUGUAUCUGUGCUCAUUCUGAAAUAUGUAAGUUUACUGUUUCCUCUUGAGUAAAUAGAUCUUUGUUUUAUUUAACUAAAA